AUGAGCAGUAUGCGGAUACUUGGCACUGCGCGAUCGCCAGCAGCGCGACCGCGUCUACCGACGCUGCCGAGCGCGACCGGCGCGCGCGCCCACGCCCGUGCCUACGCCAACACGACGGUCGACCUCGCAUACGACGUCUUCCCCCCGCCCAAGGCGCGCCCCGAGGCCGCGGGCCAGAGCCUGGUCAUUGCCCAUGGCCUGUUUGGGUCCAAGCAGAACUGGCGCAGUCUGGCCAAGGGGUUCGCGCAGAAGCUCGGCAUGCCGGUGUACACUGUUGACCUGCGCAACCACGGCGCGUCGCCGCACGCCACGCCGCACACAUACGCGGCGAUGGCGGACGACCUGGCCGCCUUCAUGGCCAAGCACGACCUGCAGCGCGUCAACCUCAUGGGGCACAGCAUGGGCGGGAAGGCAAGCAUGGUGGUUGCGCUGAGUGAGGCCUUGAAUAAGCCGGUUAGGAGCUUGAUCUCGGUGGACAUGAGCGCCGCCGCGACCAAGCUGAGCCCGGACUUCGUCUCGUACAUCGACGGCAUGAUCGAGAUCCAAGACGCCCACGUGCCCUCCCGUGCCGCCGCCGACGCCCUGCUGCAGAAGUACGAGCCCGCGCUCAGCAUCCGCCAGUUCCUGCUCACCAACGCCGUGGCGCGCGACGACGGCGUGAUCGACUUCCGCAUCCCGCUGCGCCUGCUCAAGCUGCAGGUGGACAAUCUCGGCCGGUUUCCAUUCACCCCGCCGCCGCCUGUCACGCCGACAUCCCCGCAGUGGGACGGGCCGGCGCUGUUCAUCAAGGGCGGCGACAGCAAGUACCUCAACAAGUACAACAUCCCUGUUUGCCAGGCAUACUUCCCCAACAUGCGCCUCGAGACCCUCGAGGGCGCCGGGCACUGGGUGCAUGCUGAAAAGCCCAAGGAGGUCGUCGAGCUCGUGUACGAGUUUGUCAACUCGGUCAAGGAGUAG